AGACAUGUCAACAAUUUGGCGAUAAUUUUGCAAACAUUUCAGCAGUUUUUGAAAGAUUUGUUGAUUUCAUACUUAAAUUGCUUUCAAACACUAAUCAGUGAUGAAUCAAAUGAAUGAUAUUUUGUGGUAACAAUUGAUAGUGAUUUGUGUCCACAAACAGACAAUAAGAUGAGUUCGAGUCCAUUACCAGAGCCGGUGACCACUCGUAUGCGUCAAAGACAUCGGACUGAGUCGAUGGCAGCCAUCGAGAAGUGGAGUCAAUACAUGUCCCGUCUGUUCCGAUUGGGACACAUGGACUUCGAGUUCGCCAUCUGGCAGAUGAUCUAUCUCUUCGUUUCACCCAAAAAAGUUUACCGUAAUUUCCAGUACCGGAAGCAGACGAAGAACCAGUUCGCUCGCGACGACCCGGCGUUUCUCGUCCUACUCUUCGUGUGGUUCGUCAUCUCAGCCACAGGUCUCUCACUGGCCCUCAGACUUCACUUCUUAGGAUUUGUAAAGUUCUUGUUUUGGGUGACAUUCGUGGACUGUGUCCUCGUGGGCGCACUCGUGGCCACACUCUUCUGGUUCGCCACCAAUCGCUAUAUGCGGACGUCUGGUACGGAAGACGUCGAGUGGGGCUACGCUUUUGACGUCCAUUUGAAUGCAUUCUUCCCUCCUUUGCUGAUAUUACAUGUGUUUCAGCUAUUCUUCUACAACGUGUUCAUAAGUGAGGACUACUUCAUCGCGCGUUUGUUUGGCAACACGUUGUGGAUGAUUGCUGUCACGUAUUACUGUUACAUCACAUUUCUGGGCUACAGUUGUCUCGCAAUCGUCAAACACACCCAAACCAUACUCUACCCUUUGGUUCCCUUAUUCUUCGUGUAUUUGGUGUCCAUAAUCUCCGGAAUUAAUAUCUGUAGAGUUAUGAUGGAUUUCUAUCACUACAGAGUCUAUUAAAUGUGUUUAUUACCGUAAUAUAUUAAUAGUUCAUUAUUUAUACAAU